AUGGAUCUAAUUCUUUUAUUCUUGAACUUCAUUUCAAUGGAAUGUGAAAAGGAUGCAUUAUCAUAUUUUGAUAUUUUUCCAAAUGCAACUUUAAACAUUACAGCUGAUGAUCACGAUAAGAUGGAAGAGCCAAUAAAUCCAAAAUUUAUUCAAGAUACUGUUAAAUCAAUUUACGACCUUGCACUUCCACCAAAGUACUUAACUUUGGAACAUCAUGCAUUAUGCAAAAACGUAGUUGUCGUAUUUUUUGAAGGAUUGGAUACAAAAAGAUACGAAGAAUACAAAAAUCUACUUCCAAAUUUCGUUAAUAUUAGCAAAAAUAACUUUCCAAUUAAUAUACAAGCACUAGAAAAGGAUGGAUUUGUUAUUCCUGGUACUCUUACAACGCUUGGCUAUCAAAAACCAAAACGAAUUAAGAAAAAGUUCAAAAAUAUUGAAGAAAUGAUAUUAAAACCAGAAGAAUUGCUUAACAAUGGAUAUCCUAUCCAUGUUGGCAAGAUGAAAAUACCUAAAAAACCAAAAUGUUCGAUAUAUAAUUUAUCAAUACUAUCAGAUAAAGAAUUAGAAGCAUAUUCAGAGCUUCCAGAAGAAAAGAAUCCCAAUACUAGAGAUAUCAUUUCAAUAGAUUGUGAAAUGGUUUAUACAAAGAAAGGUGGCGAAGUUGCACGACUUUCUGUUACAGAUAAAUCAGGAAAUGUUGUCAUGGACCAACUGUUUAAGCCUACAGAAGAAGUUAUUGAUUACAAAACCCAAUUUUCUGGACUUACAGAAGAAAAAUUAUCAAAUGUUACUGCAACACCCGACGAAGCCGUCAAAUAUCUAUCCCAAGUUGCAUCUAAAAGCACAAUCAUUGUAGGACACUCAUUAGAAAACGAUUUCAGAGCUCUUAAACUGAUACAUCUAAAAUGUGUUGAUACUUCGGUGAUUUAUCCAAAUGAUGCAAACCCAAACAAGAAGCCAUCAUUGAUAUCCAUCUAUAAGAAGUACAUUAACAAGCCUUUCCGCAAUUCUAAUGAUAAUGGACAUGAUUCAAUUGAAGAUGCAUCAGCAGCGAUGGAACUCGUGAAAUUAGCAACGAGAGAAGCUGUUUCUUCAGUCCAGGAGAAACCAAGGACUCCAGAUUUCUUAUCGGAAAUGUUGAUUUCGCAUGAAAAACUCUGUUUCAUCGAAAGAAAACAAAAAGUUGAAUUCGAGGCAGAUUUUACGAUAAAAGUGACAGAAAACGAUCAAGAAACAUAUGAAAAAUUGAUUGAAAGCAUACCAGAGAAUGACCUGAUAUUCUGUCAUUUCGAAGGAAUGAACAAUAUCAAUUUCAAGAAUGAGCCAAAACAAUGUGAAAAAUAUGAUUUGUAUUUGAAAGGAAUUUUGGAGAAUUUACUUCCAAAUUCUAUGUUGAUUGUAUACUGUCCGAAUGGAAAUUUCGCAAGAAUUGCACCUCCGCCUGAUACAUCAAUGCCUCCCGGAAUUGAUGUCCAUAGAAGAGACGAAUUUAACGAAAUCAGAAACGGUCUCUGUUGGAUAUACUGUUCUGAGACAAAACAUGAUAUUUGA